AUCCCCAUAUAACAAAGCCAAAAAAUGAAAAGGAAAUUAUAUACAGGUGUUAUCUUUCUCCCGAGGGUUCUCUUUCUUGGAGCCUCUGUAUUGUUUUUCUCCACAUAACCUUAUUACUAUUAUUAAUCCAUAUUAUUCUAGAUCCAUCUUUCAUCUAUCUUCUUGUUUCUUCCCCAAAUUAUUAUUCCUUAAACAUCAUACCAUAUUCUUUCUUCUUGUUCAACAACUCCAAAGUGGGUGUUCUGUUCUUCAAAGACUCAAGAACACCCAUCAAUCAAUGGCUUCUUCAUCACUUUUCAAUACAAACCCAUCAUUUACAUUCAACCCAUUGUUCCAAAAUCACGCCAAGAUUCAAACUUUAUUCAAAUCCAACACACCAAUUAGUUUUAAUUCAGUUAACCAAACAAACCCUUUGAAAUUCUUGAAAAGUAAAACCCCAAAUUGCAGGAACCCUAGAACAACAGAUAUGGUUGACCCUGUUGUGUUUUACCUUAAUAAGUGUAAGAAAAAAGAAAGUGAAAGAAAAGAUGGAAGCUUUAGUGGGAUUCAGGAUUUGUUGAAUCUUUGUGGGUUUGGGUAUUGGAUUCAAGGGUUCAGAUGUUUUCCAUGGCUAGCAUUGAAUUUUCAUAUGGCUAAUAAUUUGAAUAUGAAUCCUUCAACAUUACAGUUGGUGCAAAACUCUGCUAAUCUUCCAAUGGUGGCUAAACCCCUUUAUGGGAUUUUGUCAGAUGCUUUGUUCAUUGGUGGUUCUCAUAGGUUGCCUUAUAUUUCCAUUGGAGUUGUGCUGCAGAUAUUAUCAUGGGGUUCAAUGGCAUUAAUCCCGAUUGCUAGUGAAGCGCUACCGAUUCUCAUGACGUGUGUUCUUCUUAGUAAUCUCGGCGCAGCGAUUACAGAAGUUGCAAAAGACGCGUUAGUUGCAGAAUAUGGUCAAAAAAACAAAAUAAACGGUCUCCAAUCUUACGCCUUCAUGGCUUUAGCCGCUGGUGGAGUUCUAGCCAAUUGUCUAGGCGGUUUUCUUCUGUUAAAAACUCAAAAACUGAAAUCCAUGUUCUUGAUCUUCGCAUCAUUACUCUCGUUCCAACUCGCGUUAUCGUUAAAAACAAAAGAAGAAUCAUUUUGUUUGCCUCGAUCUCCGAACCAUCAUGAAUCAAUCUCGUCAAGUAUCAAGGAACAGUUUUCCGACCUCAUUACGGCGAUUAAGGAUGAUUGUGUAUUAAAGUCGCUUUCAUGGAUUGUAGCUUCUUUUUCCAUGGUACCGAUCUUAUCCGGUUCUUUAUUUUGUUACCAAAUACAAAUCUUGAAUCUCGAUCCCUUCAUAAUUGGGAUGUCGAAAGUUGUCGGGCAAGUACUUCUAUUAGGUGUAACGAUCCUCUACAACCGCUACUUUAAAACCAUCUCGUUUCGGAAGCUAAUCGGGACCGUUCAAAUCCUAUACGCGUGUUCUCUACUUCUCGAUCUUGUUCUUGUGAAGCAAAUAAAUCUUAAACUCGGAAUCCCAAACAACGUCUUUGUUGUUUGUAUUUCGGGUAUAGCGGAAAUAAUCAAUCAGUUCAAGAUUCUACCUUUUCAAGUGCUUUUCGCAAGUUUAGCCCCUGCGGGCUGUGAAGGAUCGCUGAUGUCAUUCUUAGCAUCAGCCCUUUGUUUAUCCUCGAUUUGUAGCGGGUUUUUGGGUGUCGGAAUGGCGUCGUGUCUUGGAAUAACAUCGGUUGAUUAUUCAAACCUUCCUGUAGGGAUUGGUAUACAGUUUUUGGCAGCGUUGGUGCCGGUUUUUUGGAUUCAUAAUGUACCCACGUCACUACCGUCAGAUGAAAAGGAUAAGAAGACGGGUUUAAGUAAAAAGAGGCGAAAGACCCGAAGGGUUGGGAGAGUCGUGUUCAAUAUGGUUUUCGUUUAUCGAAGAGAACGAGAAUCCGAGGCACAGAGGUGAAGAUUACAGAUCAAGAAAAUCUUUAAUAUCAUUAAUUUAAUUUAAUAUAAUUUAAGUUAAGGUAGGUUGAUUUCUUGCUGGGAGUUAAUAUUCACACAUCCCUCCCCUCUAUCUCUCUUUAUACAUACAUAGAUAUAUAUAUAUAUAUAGAGAGAGAGUGAAAAAUGAUGUGAAAAUAAGAUUCAGGGGUGUGAGAAUAGUGGAAGCUUUUUUUAACUUGUGUACAGUUAGCAUACAUGUUAAGAAUGUCAAUUUUUUUCCCUCU